UUUAAUCAAACCGAAGCACGGUGCAGAAAAGCUCUCGAAAAGGUUACCGGAAAAGCCAAUUCCCACAAGCAAGCUUACCAGAUCAGCGACAGCCAUGGAUGAAGACGGAGCCGACACGCCACCCUUCUGGCUCCAGCCCUCCGGCGGCCCCCGGCGGAGCCGCCGCGACUCGUCCGCGCUCCUCCUCCUGCUCUUCCUCGCGGCCUCCGUCGCCUUCGUCAUCUUCGCCGUCCCGCCCUUUCUCAGCCUCACUUCCCAGAUCUUCCGGCCCCGCUCCGUCAAGAAGAGCUGGGACUCUCUCAACCUCGUCCUCGUCCUCUUCGCCAUCGUCUGCGGGUUCCUCGGCAGUUCCAACAGCGGCGGGGACGGGGGGUCGGCGGGGUCGGACUCCCAGAAGUCGUCGUCGUCGUCGUCGUCGAACCCGGGGACGCCGUACAAGGGGCACGACAGCUACGACCGUCGGAACUCCGAGGGGAGCGAAUAUGGGUUCUCCGGCAGUUCGUCUGGCCGGAUGAGAACCAGCAGCUCGUACCCGGAUCUGAGGGCGCAGUACUCGCCGUGGGAUUACGGCGAAGGGCGGCGGAGAUUCUGCGACGAUACCCAUCUCGUCGCGGGUGGGGGCUUCGGAACGGAACCGGUCUAUUCCAGGAGAAGAAGGAACAGAGAAGAAGAAGACGAAGAAGAGAAGAAGUUCGAGACCAAGCGUGUGGUCGCCGAAGAUAGCGGCGAUCGUAAUGCUGCAGUCGUGGAAAUGGAAGUUCCAGUCACGCCUCCGCCGUCUGCGCGGCCGCCGCCCCCGCCGCCCCCGCCGCGAGCGCGGGCAGCUGGAAAUGAUCGGAAGUCGAGGAGGAGGUAUGAGACUGUUGCUCACACGCCUAAGGAUGAGGUUGACAAACCGCCAGCGGCGCCGCCGGCGCCUCCGCCACCUCCGCCGCGAGCGCAGGCAGCUGGAAAUGAUCGGAAGUCGAGGAGGAGGUAUGAGACUGUUGCUCACACGCCUAAGGAUGAGGUUGACAAACCGCCAGCGGCGCCCCCGGCGCCUCCGCCACCUCCGCCGCCGCCAAAGCCCGUGUUUCCCCCGAUGGAGGAGGGGAGUGGGAGAAAGAGAAGAGAAUCGGCGACCAAGGAGUUCUUGAGCAAGCUGAAGAGGAGGAAUAAGAAGCAGAGACAAAAGAGCAUCGAGAACUUCGAGUCCCUCCUCGCCUCCCAGCCCCCGCCCCCGCCCCCGCCUCCGCCGCCGCCACCUUCUGUGUUCCACGCUCUGUUUCCAUCCAACAAGCGCAAGUCAAAGAAAGGUCUCCCGGCUCCGCCUCCUCCGCCGCCAGUUCCGCCGCCGCCGGCAGCUCAGCGCAAGUCCAGGGCAAGACCACCUGCAUUUUCUCAGUCGACCGCAAAUUCGAUCACCAUCAACAAAUCUCGUACUCCAGUGACGACGACACUGUACGACGAGUCUUCUGAUGACAACAUCAACAGCGGCAGCCAGUCACCGUUGAUCCCAAUCCCUCCGCCGCCACCUUUCGAGGUGCCGCCGUGGAAGUUCUCCGUCUCCGGCGACUACGUGAGGGUCAAGAGCACGAACUCCUGGCGCCAUGGUACGCCAGAUACCGAGGGCUUUGAGGGCGACGAUGAGGCCGGCGUCUCGGGGACGGCUGAGAGCUCGUCCAAUGAAUCGUCGGGGGCAACGUCGCCGGGGUUCUGCCCGAGCCCGGACGUGAACACGAAGGCCGACAAUUUCAUCACGAGGUUCAGAGCUGAGUUGUCCCUGCAGAAGAUGAAUUCCGUGAAGCAGAGAAGGUCUAAUUUGGCCCCAAAAGGAACAGGAUGAGACAGAUCGGGAUGAUUUUUGGCGACAUGGAUUUGUUCAAAGAUAAAGAUCUGUUCCCUUUUUUGUUUCUGUUCGAGUUUUUCUUUCCAUUUAUUUGUUCAUAGAUGUUCAGAUUGAUUGACUGUUUUUGGAGUUCUGAUUGUUGUCCAUGAGAUGAGAUGAGAUGAGUCGAGUCGAGUCGAGUCUUACACUGUUUAUACACAUUGAAGAUUGGAUCACAUACACAGGGAAAUUGAAAUAAAAUCUAUCUUCCAUUUUCCCAAAUUCCCUCUCUCUCUCUCUCUCUCUCGCUCGCAAACUUCCCUUCUUCUUAAAAGAGCAAGA